AUGAUCUCGCAGGAUCAUUCGAAGCUGGAUUCAAACAUGAUUUAUCGUCAAAUACAAGCACUAGUCCAACAGCAGCCAAGCAUCAAUGUAUCGGUUUUAAUAGCGGAGAUCAAAAAUCGAUAUGGAUACACACCGACAUAUAGGAAAGUAUGGACAACUAAGCAAAAAGCGGUUGAAGCAGCAUUUGGCAAUUGGGAGGAGUCCUACAACGAAUUACCAAGAUGGUUAUCAGCGUUGCAACAGUUUGUUCUUGGGACAAUAGUUGAUCUUGAGACCCAGCCAGCAUACGAAGGACCUUACCUGAUAGAUGGCGCCCAUAUAUAUGACAAAUACAAAGGCACUUUGUUGUUGGCAAUCGCACAAGACAGUAAUAAAAAUAUCCUGCCGAUUGGUUUUGCCAUCGUGGAAGGAGAAACGUUGGGUGCAUGGACUUUCUUCUUGCGCAACCUACGUUCCAGUGUAACACCACAACAAGGAAUAUGUUUUAUAUCUGAUCGCCAUGAAUCCAUCAAAUCAGCUUUUAGAUUACUUGGCCGUGAGAUAAAUGCUCCUCGUGCGUACCAUGUUUACUGUAUUAGACAUAUCUCGGCCAAUUUCAUGAGUCAUUUUAGAAACAAAGAAAUGCAACGGAUAGUUGUCAAUAUUGGCAAGUUAUUCAAAACCAUUCAAGAUUUUAACUACUGGUAUGGUUUACUACGGGACAAUGAUGAAGAGGCGACGAGAUGGUUGGAUAACAUACCGCGGGAGAAGUGGGCUCAAGCGUUCGAUAAAGAAGGAAGAAGGUAUGAUCACAUGACAACCAACCUCGCAGAAUGUGUUAAUUCAGUGCUUAAGGGAACAAGAAACCUUCCUAUAACAACUAUGGUUAAAUAA